GGUUCCUGUGUAAGCAGUGGGUCGCUGCCCCUCUGUCCUGGGGCUCUUGGAUGGGACCUUGCUCUGGAAGGAGCCAUGGACCUCUGGCUUUGUUUUCUUUACUUCCUGCCAGUAUCUGGAGCUCUGAGGAUACUCCCAGAAGUCAAGCUGAAGGGGAUUCUGGGCGGAUCUGUUAUCAUUGAGUGUCCACUUCCUGAAAUGUCCACAAGGGCAUACCUGUGCCGCGAGGUCAGAUCUGAUGUAUGUAUCACCGUGGUGUCCAGCAACAAAUAUGUCAAAAAGGAAUACAAAAACCGAGUCACCCUGGAUCUGCUUCAAGACCAAAACCUCUUCAUAAUAGAGAUGACAGAGGUGACCAAGAGUGACAGCGGAGUCUAUGCCUGUGGGACAGGCAUGAACACAGACCUGGGCAAGGCCAAGAAAAUCAUCCUGGAUGUCUACAGUGACUAUGGGCCAUUCUGGGAAGAGGAGCCGAUGCCUGAGAUUCCACUGUGGUUUCAGAGAUUACUACGUGAGCCGGGGCCCCCUUGGUUCCCAAAUCCUGCGCAUGCCAGUUCUUUCGAAUUCGUACCCAAAGUAGCCACAUCAGCGCCAAGGACAGAGGCCCCUCCAGCACACCACUCCUCCCCCACCACCCCAGUCACUCGCCACCCUCAAGUUUCCAGAUCAUCUUCAGUGGCAGCUACCAAGCCCACAACUGUCCUGCCAUCCACCACAGACUCAAAGACCUCAGCACCGGAAGGGCUGCUCAGGCCCCAGACAGCCAGCUACAACCACCACACCAUGCUUUACAGGCAGAGAGCCUUCAACUACGUCCCCGGGUCUCGAACGGACGGCCAAGGAUUUCACAUCCUGAUCCCCACCGUCCUGGGCCUCAUCCUGCUGAUGAUUGUGGGGCUGAUGGUGAAAAGGGUCAUCCAAAGGAAGAAAGCUCUCUCCAGGCGGGUCCGCCGACUGGCUGUGAGGAUGAGCGCCCUGGAGGCCUCCCAGCGGCCCGUGUCGCAGCGGCCUCGGGUGUCGCCGCGGCCUCGCUCCCAGAACAACGUCUACAGUGCCUGUCCUCGGCGUGAUCGGGGGGUGCAAGCUGCGGGUGAGCGAGAGGCACCAGUCUGCGGCCCCGGAGUGUCUACGCCCGCCGCCCCGCCGCAGGUGUCUGAAGCUCCCUGGCCCCAUGUGCCGUCUCUGAAGACCAGCUGGGAAUACCUGAGCAUCUACUACCAGCCUGCUGCUGAGAAGGAGGACACUGAUUCAGAUGACUAUGUCAAUAUCUCCUGCCUGACUAACCCCUCCAGCUGUGCCCCUGGGCCCAGACCUUGGUGCCAAUGAAUCUUGUCUGUCUGCUGGUUUCCAACAUCAGCUCCAUCUGUUUUCAGAGCCCUCAUUACCUCCCACAUCCCACCUUGAGUCUCUCCCUGUCUGAUCGCCCUGGGCAUAGCUCAGUCCCCACAGCUUUUCUUGCACACCUUUGCAAAACCCCCAUGGCUUUCAGGUGGGCUCUGGCCAGGCAGAGCAUUUGUCCUGAUGCCACCUGAUUCCCCCAGAAGCCAUGUUAUGGGCUAUGGGUUUUGCAGACUAUCUUUGAUCACGGUUUGUGCUACCUCAGCUCUUGGGUAUGUGGCAUUAGGCUGGAGCGUAGGCAUAGCUGUUGUUUCUGGAACCUUUCCCAGGCCUGGGCCUCAUACCAAUAGAAGGCCCCUGGACUGCACUGUGAGGGUAUGCCUCAGCACU